AAUCUAAGUAAAAAAAAAAGGAAAGAAAAAAGAAAAGAAGGUGAGUCAAUGAAAUAAGACAAAUGGCUCAAGGAAAAAACCGAAUUUACUUUGCAAUUGCGUCCGUGAUUUCCUCGAUUCCUGCUCUAUUUGCAAUUUAUGCGUUACAAGACAAUCUCAUGUUCCUAAGCACCAUUUUAUUCGCUUUGUCCUUCAUUAGCAUGGGUCUUUCUACAUUUCUGUUCUUGGGCUACAAGACAGUCAAGCACGGUUCCCCCAUUGUUUUCACUAUGCUGAACAAUGUCAGUAAAACACUGGCUCCCAUCGCUAAUUAUUUAUCAGGCACCACAUUUAUAGGCCCACUCUUUUCUAUUGUUAUUCGCUUCUUCUUUUUCUUGGGAUUUAUUGUUUUACUCAUGAGUGAUCAGCUUGUACGAGCCUUGCUAAGAUUUGUUGUAGGCAGACACCCGUCCAAACGAAACUACUCUAUUACGAAUGCUAUGGAUCCACGCAUAGAAAUGUUCGAUGACAGUAUCCCGAGAACCAAGCAUUUAGAGGACCGAGAAUUAUUUAAAAAGAGAAAAGAAUUACGCAUGACAGAGGAUGGUGGAGCUGAAUCCCGAGAACUCACUUCCUUGUUAAAACGACCCAAGUACUCGGUACCGUUAGCAUAUACGCUUUCAGUUGCCAGCAGAUUGGUAUAUGAAGAUGUUGAUGUGAUCAAGUAUGAGUUGAAGAAGGCUGGAUUUGAUGUGGAUCACACAUUUCGUCCUAUUGCGUACAAGAACAUUUGCGCAUUUAUUACGGAAAAGGAUGAUGACAUUUUAUUGGUGUUCAGAGGAACCAAUCCUCUUAAUAUCCAAAACUACUUGACGAACAUUACUGUCAGCAUGACGGAUGUGAAAUCACAAUGGGGGCCUAUGGGAAGAGUGCACAAGGGCUUUUGGAAUGCAAUGGGAGAGCCCAAUAAAAAAAGACCUCAAGCGACCGAAGAAGUCCGAAAAGACACUAACAAACCUGUGUCAAAUAGUGCUAUUUUAAGGAUAGAAUUGAUUAAUACGUCUGUGUACCGAACGAUUGUUUCUGCUGUUCAAGGGCUGGGAAAGAUUAUUAAGUUUGUCACGUUUAAUUUAUUUCACCAUGUCAAGGAGCCUGUUGAUAGUAGUUGGAUGGGGCCUGAUACGGAUAUUCGAUCCAAUAGUAUGUACGCCUUGGCCGAAGAGCACAUCCUUCACUUGAUCAAACGAGAUCAUGAUGCGACUCAAUCAUCCAGAAGAAGAUCGGGUUUAUCACAUGGGAUAUUUUUGGCAAAGAUGUUACAGUCUAAAAGCCCUUUGCUUGAACAUUUCUCCGGCUUAUACACUUAUGGCCAACCCAAGAUUGGUGACGCCGAGUUCUCCAAAGUAUUUAGCCCUCGCAUGACGAGUAAGAUUUUCCACCAUGUUUAUAAUAAUGAUAUUGUCCCAAGAACACCCACCAUGUGGAAAUACUAUACACCACCUGGAACCCUUGUUUAUAUUGACUCGGCAUUUAAUAUCACCAUCUACCCUCCCAACCCAUACACCAAUGAACCUGUGCCAGUCAGACAUAUCUCCUUUUUACAUCUUUCGGGUCUUUUAAACCGUUACGUGAUCCGUAGGCUGGCUCGCGAGAAUAAGAUACGGAUCCUAUUUCGUAUUAUUUUUCCCUUCUUUUUGAAUGAUCAUUUCCCAAGUGAGUACUCGGAGAGUUUAAGACACGGUACUGUACAUUGGGUCAUUAUGGCUGCUGGGGGUCUAGAGGGUGGUCAUGAAGAACAACAACAACCAAAGAAAGGCACACAAAGACGUUAUAGUAUGGUCGAUGUUUCUUAAUAAAUUAUACCCCCCAAUAUGUACAUAUCCCUAUUGUAAUUUAUUCUAAAAUAAAGUAAAAAAAAAAAAAAAAAAAAUCUAUUGUGAAAAGUAAUGUCCAAGUACGUAUUGUGAGAUAUUUAAACCAAACAAGGAA